UUGAGGAGAAUAGAGGAGGUCGCCUUCUCCGGCGGGUUUUCCAGGAGGGCAGGGGAGGAGAGGUCGUCCUUCUCCGACGGUUUCUCCUUCUCCGUCGGGUUUGCCAGGAGGAGAGCAGAGGAAGGGAGUUCGAAAAUGACUGGCUUCAGAACCCUGCAAAGAUACUGCGAAUUCUGGGACUGGAGAGUGUUGACGGUAUCAAAUAACUACUUGCUUGAAGGCAAGUUUUCAGAUUUCACUCAGUACUCUAUGUUGCAGACUCUGAUACUCAGCAACACCAGCUUCUCAGGGGCAUUGCCUUCGUCCUUGAAAACCCAUGGCAGCGGAAGCAUCCCUUUGUCUUUGUUCUCCAUUUCAUCCCUGCAGAAGAUUUAUCUCUCCUUCAACCAACUCAAGGGUCAAGCUCUAGAGUUUUCUAAUGUUACUUCUUUAGUGCUGGACACUUUGGAUUUGAGUGGCAACAAUUUGGAAGGUCUUGGAACACUGAAAGUCCUCCUACUUCCAGCCAAUAGAUUCACUGCAACUGUGCCCUUAAAAUGGUUCCAAUCCCUUCGAAAUCUCGACGCUCUUGAUCUUUCAUACAACCGCAUGACAGUGGAUGAGUUUGACAACCAAUCAAGUCUCAAGGAGCUAGACCUUUCGAGAAACAACAUUGGUGGGGUGGUGCCUUAG